AAAAUAAGUUAAAUAAGGCCUAGUUUCUGCUCUCAAUGGCUUCCAUCUAAUAGGGCAGCUGACAUGUAUACAAACAAAAGCAAUGGAGUGUGUGAUGAGAGUCAUGCAAGGGAUACAAACCAAAUGUUAUCUAAGUGUAAAAAAAUGAGGGGUCACAUCUAGCUGAGGUGUGAUCACAAGAGGGUGAUUGUGGAGUUAGUAUAUGACUAGACCUUAAGAUGGAGUGCAUUUCCCCUAGGGAAGAGAGUAAAAAAAUAGGGGUGAAUUAGGAAAUUGUUGUAAUAUUCCAGGCUUGAGAAAAAGAGGACAUGGGCCAAAGGAGUGAUGAAUGAGGAAGUAGAAAAUAAAAAGUAGGAGAGAUGAUUAAAAACAAGGGAGGGAAUCAGCAGGAUUUGGAAAUGAAGGAGAGGAGAGGUUAGGGCUGACUCAGGCUUUGAAUCUGAGUUACUAGGACAAUGAUGGAAGUAAUGAUAGAAAAUGGCUAUUAGGAAGAGGAGCUGGCAAGAAGAAAAGGAUGUACAAUAUGAGCUGCCAAUAGAACAAGCUUUUAUGUCCCACAGAGAGUUAGAAAUGGGAGGGGUGGUGGUGGUGGUGGUGGAAAUACAGAUUUAGGAGUGUUUUGCACAGAAAUGCCAAGUGAAGCCAUGAAAAGGAUGAAAGUUCUCAAGACAGAAGGUGUAUUGAAAAGAAAGCUGAGGUUAGAGUCUUAGGAAAUACGCACAUUUAAAGAAUGAGGGGGAAAUGAGACAAAGAGAAAGAUCAGAGAGACAGUGGCAGAACAAGGAUAAAGCAGUGCCAUGGAAGCAAAGGAGAUAGUGCCCUUUGAAAGAACAUUAUCAAUUGAAUGGUUCAUCCAUUCAUGCAACAGAUAUUUGCUGGGCACUUUGGUAGAUCGGGAACUGUGUACAAUGAAGGAUGGACUUGAGUGGGGGAAAGGUUAAAGAUCAGAUAGGAAAUUGAGAGUGUGACAAAGUCAAGGAAACUGUACAUAUUUUCAAAUACGGGUGACCUGAGCAUGUUUGUCAACUAGGGGAGAGGAGCCAGAGGAAAAGAAAAGAGGGAAGAUGAUAUACAAAGAAGUCCUAGAGGCAGUUGGAAAGGAGAGGUAAGAAGAUAUGCCAAAGGGUUGGUCUUGUAAAGGAAGAGUGACACUUCUUCCUUUGAGUCCAAAAGAAAGACGUAAAAGUGGAAAGGAAUUCUUGUGGGAAGAAUCAAGUGUGGUGACAGACAGAGGAGGAACGAUCAGGAGGUUCAAAUGCUUGGCCUCAAGUUCACAAAAUAGGAAGGGAAUUCUGCAGAGAGAAAGAAGAUGGAGACAGGUGGAAUGACUUGAUGAAUGGAAACAUUUGAAGAGUUACCUGGAGGGAUGUGACAGGGAGUCAAUAAAAGACAGUGCUGGGCUGCACUGAGAGCCCAGCAGUGAGGUUAGUCAGAGAACCUGGGGCUCAGCCAGCAUGUUCUGUGGUUUUCUUCCAGUAAUACAACUCGGCAGGAGUGGGGGGAGGGGUAGAGGAACAACAACCCUGAUUUGUUAAGUGACAGCAGGUAGGCAAGCAAGGGGACAGAAUGGGGUAGUCUAGGCUGGGUAAGGAGUCAAAUAAGACCAAAAUGGGUCUGGGGACUUGACACUAGAAAAGUGAGGACGUGAGAGAUAGAUGGCUGUGGUCAAAGCGGGCAGCUCUGAAUCAUGGAAGCCGAAACUUUUCCAGCGAUAAAAGGUACAAAUGUGCUCCUACGGGUGCUUCAGGAGACCAAGGAAUGGUGCGCUCGAAGGACACAGCAAUUGAAGAGACUGGGGAAUUGUGAGGUGUUUGUUAAAUGCAACUGACACGGAUGUUAAUAUUAAAAGCAGCUGAGCAGAGGGGAAACAAGCCUAGGCAGUUCUACUAUCAAACUGUGCCGCUUUGGAGAAGUCACUGCCCUUCUCUAGAGCUGAAUGAGAAGACUUCUCGGGGCUCUAAACGGUAAGGAUUUUUAGGAUAAUGGUAAGGGACUGGCUGAUCAGCAGCAUCCCUCCCGCCUCUCCGAAGAGGCGUCCGGAACCUUUCUGCUGUGCUUUUUGCCCGGACGUGCCGAAGCGGAGGCCGGAAGUCCUUUGCCCGGAGGUUCCGGGUUUCCUGGGCUACUACAAUGGCGAUGAGUUUCGAGUGGCCGUGGCAGUAUCGCUUCCCGCCCUUCUUUACGUUGCAGCCGAACGUGGACACUCGGCAGAAGCAGCUGGCCGCCUGGUGCUCGCUGGUCCUGUCCUUCUGCCGCCUGCACAAACAGUCCAGCAUGACGGUGAUGGAAGCUCAGGAGAGCCCGCUCUUCAACAACGUGAAGCUACAGCGGAAGCUCCCUGUGGAAUCAAUCCAGGUUGUAUUAGAGGAACUAAGGAAGAAAGGGAACCUGGAGUGGUUGGAUAAGAACAAGUCUAGCUUCCUGAUCAUGUGGCGAAGGCCAGAAGAAUGGGGGAAGCUCAUCUAUCAGUGGGUUUCCAGGAGUGGCCAGAACAACUCCGUGUUCACCCUAUAUGAACUGACCAAUGGGGACGACACAGAGGAUGAGGAGUUCCACGGGCUGGAUGAAGCAACCCUCCUUCGGGCUCUGCAGGCGCUGCAGCAGGAGCAUAAGGCUGAGAUCAUCACCGUCAGCGAAGGCCGAGGCGUCAAGUUCUUCUAGCAGACACCUGUCUCCUUUUACUUCUUACCUCCCACCCUUCCAGGGCUUUCAAAGGGAGACAGACCCAGUGAUCCCACAGACGGGAUCUGUGACUCCACCAGACUCAAAAGGGCUCCAGUCCAGGGAUGAGGCUUCCCACUUACUCCGUGUGUGUGUCUCUGGGGAAGGGUGAGGCUGAGGCUGAGGCGCCGGGGAGAAGAGAUGUGCUUCUCUUUGCCCCACCUCCUCUCCCAUCCUAGACUGUCCCUGAGCCAGGGUCUGUAAACCUUUAACUCCACAUGUGUUCACACACGUAAGUACACACACACACACGCCUGCACAAGCUUCUGUCUCUCCGCCUUCCCACCCCCUUAGCUGCUAUUGCCUCCCCUCUCAGGCUGGUGCUGGAUGCUUCCUAGGGGAUGGGAGAAGCCCUGGCUGCAGGCAGCCUUCCAGGCAAUAUGAAGAUAGGAGGCCCAGGAAGGGGCCUGGCAGUGAGAGACCAGGCUGGACACUGAUUUAUGAUAUUAAAAAGCUCAACCCCA